AUGAAGGGUUUGAGUGGCAUGCUUGCAGACGUUUAUACGACAUGGCUGUCGCCCCUCACUCAUUGUUGCACACCGUUGUCAACCUGCCUGGACGAAAAGCCGCGUCAAAACACCUUUGACAUUUCUGAGAAACUGCCGUCCACCGUGACCCGCGACCAGCCCGUGCCCAUGCCGCCGCCUUUUGCAGGUACGAUGCAGAAGCCUGCCGGACCUCGCUCUCAGCCGGUGAAGUCGAAGGGAGUCAAGAGAGGUUUUGCAUCGCUCCGGGAGCGGUUCUCUGUGAGAAAGCGAUUUCGCUCAGACUCCUCUUCGCCGCGCCGGCUACAAAUAUCAGGACCUACCGACUUCCGCCAUCUGCACUCCGAGUCUUUCCAGUUUCCUCAGUACACGACUCUUCAAUCUGUUGGCCACACAAUGCCGCCACGGCCAAAACGUCUAUCUCGGACUCGUCCGGCGUCCUUCAGGCCGCUGGAGUUGAGCAUCUACGUGCCGAAAAGGGAGCUGUCGCCUAUCCUGCCUCACUUCGAGAUGCUCACCCCGCCACCACCUGCCCGUGUUCAGCCAAACCCCGACGACGACGUCUUUGGGCCUUCGCAUGAGCCGAGCUACUCCUCCAUGUCAUUCCACCUGCCGCGGAAGAUCUCAAUGUCGCCCUCAACAUUGACAAUGUCUCCGGGUGACACCCCGCCGAAAAUCCCGCCCAAGUCGAGAGCUCGGUCGCAAACGUCAUCCAGUGUGGAACGGAUGAAGGAGCGCAUUGCGGGUGCCAUGCUGGAGGUCGACAAACUUCAGCGGGAGAUCGACUUAGUCAUGGAGCGUCAGAGCAUUUACGUUAGCAGUCGACCUUCGACAGCUCAUUCGAUGGCACUGACAACGCACGACAUGGAUCCCAUACCCACGGUCCCCGCGCUCCCACCAGCCGCACCCUCGUUUGCAGAACGCCUGAACCCCGGGGUCGACCGUCCGCACACGGCGCCGCCCCGGCCGCCGCUGCACAUUCCCCACCGCGGCAUGGCCUUCGCCGAUGCCUCAGCGGCCUUUAUCACACCACCCCCGAGCCGCGGCAGAGAGGCCCGACCGCCGCCGCCGCCCUUGCCGCUCGUUCUUCGCCCGCCGCUGCGCAAGAAGAAAUCCUUCUCGCGCGUGUCCAGCUGGCUGUUCCCUGGAGGUGCUGCAGAGCAGCACCAUCGGAACAUCAGUCACGAUUCCAUCACUAAUCUUCCCCGCCCCGUCAAGGGGCGCGAGGGCUUCUACCAAUGUGUCCAUGCGCCGCGGGACGGGCGCACUAGUUUUGACACGGCGUCGACUGUAUCGACGUGGGAGUCGGAAGACGGAGGCCAAACGGUCCCGACGACGUGGUCGCCCGGCAGCACCCCCGCCACCAGAGCGGAGGAGCACCCGCCGCUGGAGCGCGUAACCACCUUUGGAAAGGAAAAAGACACGAUUGCCCCUCGACGGGGCAGCGUCGGUGUGGCGUUUUGA